UAGCUACAAUCCAUUUCGCGCGAGUCCAGUAGAAUUUUAUUUCUCAAAUCACUAUUCCAUUCUACGCACGACUUCAUUCAUCUUGCAAUUUCUCACUCGACUCUAUUAAGUUAUCGGUUUGAGCUUUUGGUUCGCAAAUUAGGAGCGUUCUUGAUUCAAAGCAAAAGCUAUGAAGUUUAUCAACAUAAAUGGGACCACUCUUUAUCUUGCACUCUACAUCGACGUAGCCAAUUCAAAGGAGCUAUUGGAAAGUAUGCAAGCUGGGACAUUGGAGCCAGAAGUUGCAUUCCUCAAUGCUUCACUUAUUCCAGAUAUUUUCCCAGUUCUAGCAGCUGCACACAAGACACUCGUAGCCAAGUCACGGGACUCAUUGACCACGCGCACUCUUCAUUCAGAGCUUGUUUACAACUACUCAGGGUCCAAGCAUAUUACCGAAUCUUUAAAAAGAUAUGGCAUCUCUGAAAGCACAACUUAUAUCCUUGCUGCACGAUUUGAUGCUACUCCUGAUGAGGUAAAAGCCCUAGAGAAACUUGUCAUUGGCAAAGAGAUCGACCUGGAGGAGUUGGAAGGCAGAGCAAACCAAUCCCUGAUACAAAAGAAUUACAAGAUACCAUCCGCGGAACUUGGAAUAUCAUCACUUGCAGAUGCGAUAACUUGCCGAAUAGCUGCUCGUGAUGCCUUGUAGAAGAAUGAUUGUGACUUGCUUGCAUAUGAAAAUAGCCUUGCUGUGUAAGAAUGAAUUGGAUUUAGUUGAUCCAAUAUUUAACAUGACUUUGGAUGAAUACGUUUGAAAAAAACAUAUUGUUGUCUACAAGUAGUAUACUACACUUCUGGAUAAAUUACAGUGUGGAAGUAUAGUUCUAGAAUUAUGUGGUUUUUUAGAAAUAUGAAGGUGAGGAAAGUCCCGCCGUCAAAUUCUGUUUAAUUUAUUUUACCGCCCAUUUCUCCAA